AUGGCUAAACCUAAUCCACAAGAUAGACCAUCAGCUAAUGAGGUGUUGCGUCGUGUUAAGCAGCUGCUUGCUGCUGCAGCAGAUACAGCAGCAGGAGACAAUACUUCUUCUGCUGCUGCAUGCGUAGGAGACAAAGGAACAGCAAGCAGCACAGCUUAUUCUCCUAUAGAAAAGAGACAGCAAAGUGGCUCCUCUUCUCCUUUGCUGCAGGGGCCUAAUUGUCCCUUAGACCCUAAUGGUGCUGCUGCUGCUUCUGAUCCUCCUGAUCCUGCUGCUGCUGCUGCUGCUGAUCCUGUUGCUGCUGCUGUUGCUGCUGAUGUUGGUGCUGCUGCACCGACAGAAGCAGCAGCAGAAAGAGCAACAACAGCAGAAAGUGCAGCAACUUCAGCAACUGCAGCAACUGCAGCAACUGCAGCAACUGCAGCAACUGCAGCAGCAGUGCAACCGAUUGAGGAAACAGCUGAGGAAGGAGAGAGACAAAAUGUUGCAGACCUCUUGCUGCCAUUAGAUGCAGCAACUGCACAGCCAUAA